AUGACACGUGAAUUAAGUUAAUUAAAUUACAGUUCAACAAUUGAGGGACUUCGUUUGUGUUUCAAUUUUCUUCUAGAUUUUCUUCUUCUUCUUUUUUUGUUUGCAAGUUCUAGGCGCAAUAUUUUAAUAGAAGCAACAUACAGACGUAACUGUUAUUCUCGAUUCCUUUUCACAAGGCAUUACCAUUAUUAUAGCGCUAUUAGUGCUAUAAGUACAAUGGAUGACAUCAAUAGAUGCGAUAAAUAUUCUGCGUCUGCUAUAUUGGGAAAUACA